AUGACCAUUGAAGAGAUAGAGAAAGAAUUAUAUCACUUUAAAUCAUAUCAUGAAGUUACAAAUAAUAGCAUUAAAAUGAUUUGUCCUAAUGAAAUAAGUUAUAGAAAUUAUGCAAUUAAAUAUUAUUGUAAGAAUCAAUUUGAAUAUAAAGCUGAACUUGGUAAAAUCUGUCAAUUAAAUGAAGAGAAAUAUUACAAUAAAUUAAUGGAAUAUAGUCUUCAAAAGAUGAUGCCUUAUCCAUAUCAUUUAAUUGGUAUUGGAUUCUUUAAUUCAAUAAACCAUUCUGAUAAACUUAAUCCACCAAAAUAUUAUGCUCAAUUAAUUAAAAAAUUGUUAAAUGAAGGACUUCCAUUUGAUAGAUUGCCAGCAUUUACUGCUCGUGAUGUUUUUAGAUUUCUUGGAGUUUCAAGGAAUCAAUUUACUGAAAUAGCAAAUAGAUUUAAAUCAGAAAAAAGAAAAUUAUUAUCAAGAAAGUUUCCACUUAAUUUUGAAGUAAAACAACCAAAUUGUCAACCAUGGUGGAUAAUAAGAACAUACUCAAAUAAUAAUGAAGGAAAAUUAACUUUUAAUGAAAAAUUUGUAAAAGAUUGUUUAGACAAAGAAAUAUAUUUAUCAAAUGUAUUUAUUAUUAUUCGAAUUGAAGAAAAAGAUUCAUUUAUACCAAUUAUUCAUGACAACAUUAUUAUUACAAGAACAACAAAAAUGGAAUAUAUUUAUUAUCGUAUUUUAUUAAUUAUAGAUGAUAGACUUACUGUUAAAGAUCUUGUAUCAAUUCUUAUUGAUCCAAAUGAUCGUUUAAUGUUACAAAAGAAAGGAGAAAUAAUGAAAGCAAUAUCUUAUUUGGUUCGUCUUAAUAGAUUAAAUAAAGUUGAAAUUAGAGAUAUUCAAUAUAAUGGAAUAACACCACCAACACCUCGACUAAAUCAACAAAUAAAGAAAAGAGUUUGUUUUAUUGUAGAUGAAGCAGUAGUUUCUACUUUAAUGACUGGAAUUACUAAAACAGAUGAUAUCAAAAGAAUUGUAGUUCAUCUUUUUGAAACAGGAAGACUUACUAAUGAUCAAGUAUAUGCACUUAUAUGUCUUAUUGAACUUCUCAAAACACAACCAUGUGCAAAAGAUUCAAGAGCACACUAUAAAAAGUUUUUUAAUGUUGGUAAUUCAUUAGUAAAUGUAAUAAAAUCAUUACAACAAUUAAUCUGUAAUGAAGAAAUAUUUGGAUUAUGUGAUGGAAUUGAAAUUGUAAAAAUGGAAUGUUUAAAAUAUUUAACUGAAAAAGAAAAAGAAAGUUAUAGAAAGAAAUAUACAAGUGCAUUAAUUGGUUCUAAUAGUAAAAUUAUAUCAUGUCAACAUUCUCCAUUUUCACCUCAAUUAAUACCACAUUCUGUAUUGUCUAGUUAUUUAUUUACAAUAUUUUUAAAUUAU